AUGACAUACAUGGAGGAUGUUGGUGUAGCCCACUUGACUGUGCAUCAAGUGAGCCCGAGUGAUUCAGGCGACUAUCAGUGUGUGGUUGUAGGUGAAGUGAUUGAAGCGAAGACAGGUGAACGUUCUGUGAAGACGAUUAUGUCAACAUCACAUGUUACUAUUGAAGAAGACCUGCCCGAAGAAACUCUUGCACCAAUUGAAACGAGUGAACCAGAACAAUCAACUAUUGUCCCAGUACAACCUGCUGAUUUGUGCUUUGUAAAGCCAAUUACACCACAACUAAAUAUUGUGUCUGAGCAGGAAAGACAACUUGAACUGGAAUGCCAAUUUCAAGCUGAUUUGAAACCAGUUGAAGUACAAUGGAAACUAGACGGGAAGGAGUUGACUCAAUCCGACCGAAUUGAAAUGACAUACAUGGAGGAUGUUGGUGUAGCCCACUUGACUGUGCAUCAAGUGAGCCCGAGUGAUUCAGGCGACUAUCAGUGUGUGGUUGUUGGUGAAGUGAUUGAAGCGAAGACAGGUGAACGUUCUGUGAAGACGAUUAUGUCAACAUCACAUGUUAUUAUUGAAGAAGUUGUACCAGAAGACAAUCUCAGUUCCCCAGUGAUCAUAAACGAGUUAACACCAUUGAGUAUUUCUGAAGGAGAGGAGAUUUAUUUGACAGCUGUUGUCAAAGGCAAUCCACAACCAACUGAUGUCACUUGGAAACACAAUGGUAAUGUCCUUCAACCAGAUAGUACAGAUGCUGCCAUCUUUUAUAGUCCAGAGACAGGAGUUUGUGAACUGACAAUAUCUGAAGCAUUUCCUGAAGAUUCGGGAGUUUAUUCUGUUGAAGCACAAAAUAAUAUUGGUACCGCUAUCAGUCAGACCGAAGUAGUUGUAUUAGUAGAGGUAAGGACACAGCCAAGUGUUUUACAGGAAGAUGAUAUAAAAGUAGUUGACACAAUAAAUGAUAGUGUAGAAUUAGAGAAACAAACUGUUCUAAAAGAUAUAGAGCAAACUGAAAGAACAGAAAUGUACUCACCUAUUGAGACGCUACCAGAAAUCCAUCAAGCAGCAGUAUAUGAACACAUAGCAGAGGAAACAGAAUUCGAAGUAGAUUUAGAAGAACCAUUAGAAAUGGAUGACGCUGAGUUUUCGCUUGAGGAAGGCGUCACACCAACACAUGCAAUAGUCCUAGAUGUUCUUAUACCCCAUGAUUCUAUAAGUGUAGAUGAGACCAGUAUCAGCGUAGAGGAGGCGGAAAAAGCUCAAUCGAUUCCCAGUUUGACUGAGAUCUCCUUACAUGAUGUAACUCAGACAGGAAUUUCAGAAACAAGUUUAAUAGAAUUCAAGCCAGUUCAAUCCCAAGAAUACAUCAAAACGGAAACAAUAUCAAAUAUGGAAGACAAGGACGAUGUGCCGAGUGAAGAUUCCAUCAAAAUACAGGAAACGACCCCGCAAAUAGUGGAGAUAAUAACAGAAGAACAGGUGGGAGAAGCUGAAGACACAUUGACGACGACAGCCGAGGAUGUUGUUGUACAAGAAGGGAAAGAGACUGUGACAAAGUCUAUGGAUUGGGCGUCGGAGGGUGUGAGUGAGAUGGAUGAGUCUGACGGUGCGGAGAGUGCGGUUGUGGUGGAACAGCCGAGUGAGGCAGCCGUGGCAGUUUCCGAGGAGCCGACGAAGGUGGAGAAGGCAGAGGAGGCUCCUGUGCAUGAGGUCGAUGUGGAGGAGGUACCUGUGGAAGAGGAGACAGCUCCUGUUUCCGUUGUGGGUGAAGCUGAAGACACAUUGACGACGACAGCCGAGGAUGUUGUUGUACAAGAAGGGAAAGAGACUGUGACAAAGUCUAUGGAUUGGGCGUCGGAGGGUGUGAGUGAGAUGGAUGAGUCUGACGGUGCGGAGAGUGCGGUUGUGGUGGAACAGCCGAGUGAGGCAGCCGUGGCAGUUUCCGAGAAGCCGACGAAGGUGGAGAAGGCAGAGGAGGCUCCUGUGCAUGAGGUCGAUGUGGAGGAGGUACCUGUGGAAGAGGAGACAGCUCCUGUUUCCGUUGUGAGUGAAGGAGAGGCGGAGGUGACGGAUGUGAAGAGCACGGUUGGAGUGACGGAGGAGUCUGCAAUACAAUUGGAACAAGUGACCGUCGGUGUGAAGCAGAUGGUGGAAUCGAAGGAGACGGUGACUGUGAAGAUGGAGGAACGCAUUGUGCAGGAGAAGGAGGAGAAGUUGGCUACUUCUGAGGUGGGUGAAGCUGAAGACACAUUGACGACGACAGCCGAGGAUGUUGUUGUACAAGAAGGGAAAGAGACUGUGACAAAGUCUAUGGAUUGGGCGUCGGAGGGUGUGAGUGAGAUGGAUGAGUCUGACGGUGCGGAGAGUGCGGUUGUGGUGGAACAGCCGAGUGAGGCAGCCGUGGCAGUUUCCGAGAAGCCGACGAAGGUGGAGAAGGCAGAGGAGGCUCCUGUGCAUGAGGUCGAUGUGGAGGAGGUACCUGUGGAAGAGGAGACAGCUCCUGUUUCCGUUGUGAGUGAAGGAGAGGCGGAGGUGACGGAUGUGAAGAGCACGGUUGGAGUGACGGAGGAGUCUGCAAUACAAUUGGAACAAGUGACCGUCGGUGUGAAGCAGAUGGUGGAAUCGAAGGAGACGGUGACUGUGAAGAUGGAGGAACGCAUUGUGCAGGAGAAGGAGGAGAAGUUGGCUACUUCUGAGGUGGGUGAAGCUGAAGACACAUUGACGACGACAGCCGAGGAUGUUGUUGUACAAGAAGGGAAAGAGACUGUGACAAAGUCUAUGGAUUGGGCGUCGGAGGGUGUGAGUGAGAUGGAUGAGUCUGACGGUGCGGAGAGUGCGGUUGUGGUGGAACAGCCGAGUGAGGCAGCCGUGGCAGUUUCCGAGAAGCCGACGAAGGUGGAGAAGGCAGAGGAGGCUCCUGUGCAUGAGGUCGAUGUGGAGGAGGUACCUGUGGAAGAGGAGACAGCUCCUGUUUCCGUUGUGAGUGAAGGAGAGGCGGAGGUGACGGAUGUGAAGAGCACGGUUGGAGUGACGGAGGAGUCUGCAAUACAAUUGGAACAAGUGACCGUCGGUGUGAAGCAGAUGGUGGAAUCGAAGGAGACGGUGACUGUGAAGAUGGAGGAACGCAUUGUGCAGGAGAAGGAGGAGAAGUUGGCUACUUCUGAGGCUAAGCCCGAGAAAGUGCCGAAGAUAAAUGCUCCUUCAAGUCCAAUAAAUGUAAGAAUUGUUAUCACUCCACCGGAAUCUUCAGAUUCUAAGCCAAAACUUCAGAUAACUUGGGAACAGCCUGAUGAUGCACCAGUCAGUAAUUUCUAUAUUGAACUGAAACCGGUAGAUUCUAAACAAUGGCAAGAUGUAUCAGCUGACUUCACUAUAACCGAACCUCAUGCAACACUUCCAACUGAUAAUUUGCAAGAAUUUGUUAGUUAUGAAUUUCGAGUUAUUGCAGAAAACGAAGCAGGCAAAAGUCCACCAUCUAGUUCAUCAAAUUCAAUUGAAUUAGGUUCACCGCUACAAUUCAUACGUCCACUAACCGAUCUUACCAUAACUGAAACAACGACCGAUACCACUGUUGUAUUGGAGUGUGAAUUGUCUCGGUCACCUCGUGAAAAAGUCAAGUGGAUGAAGAACGGUCAACCAUUAACUAAAUUGCCUAAGAAUAUAAAAAUAGAAGAAUUGGACGACGGAAAAAUUAAUCGACUUGUAAUCCAAAAUAUCACUGAAGAAGAUUUAGGCGUCUACUCUAUACAGGUGGAAUCAUUGAAGAGUGAAGCGAAAAUUGACAUGAAAAUACCACCAACACUGAGAUUGUCAGACUCAUUCUCCGAUCGUGUCAUCAUGAAAGCAGGAUCAGCUGCUGUCUUCGAAAUCCCAUUCAUCGCCAGUCCAAAACCAAAGGUCGAGUGGAAAUGGAGACCGAGAACACGUCCUGACGCCGAGCUCGGUGCACCUCAGACUCCACGAUUCAAGCCUGAUGUGGUGUCUGGAUUGACGUCACUUCCUGUGAGCAAGGUGAAGCGUGAGGAUGCUGGUGAGUACAGUGUGGUGAUCAGUAACGAGUUGGGUGAGGUGUCGGUGAGUAUCGAGUUGAUAGUGUUGGACAAGCCGUCAGUUCCGCGUAAUUUGGAGGUGAGUGAGAACACUGGUGAGAGUGUGUUGUUCAGUUGGAGUGAGCCAGAAUUCGUGGGUGUGGCACCGGGUGUUGAUGUGAGUCAGGAGUUGUUGUAUGUGGUUGAGAUGCGUGAGUCUAGUCAACGUGCUAGUCGUUCGGUGAGUGUGACGAGUGAGUUGAGUGUGAGGAUUGAUGGUCUUCAGUUGAACAAGUCGUAUGUGUUUAGUGUGGCGGCGAAGAAUGAUGUUGGUCAAUCGGAGUUUGCAGAGACGAAGCCAGUUUCAACGAAGUUGGAAUAUGGUCCACCGCCUAGUCCAGUCAAUGUGAAAGCAGUUGUCAAUCCACAGAAAGCAUCAAUCAAAGAUCAAACUAUCGAAUUGACAUGGGAACAACCAAGUGAUCAGGUGUCGGCUUCUGGACCUGUCACCAACUUCUACAUCGAAAUGAAGCCGACAGAUUCAACGCGUUGGCAGGAUGUUUAUGAAUUUCGUGUAACGGCGGAGAAUAAAGCAGGGAAGAGUAAACCAUCAUCACCUUCGAAUUCGAUUGAAUUAGGUAUUCCUCUGGAAUUCAUACGUCCACUAACAGAUUACACAGCCACUCAACUCAGUGGCGAACCUGUUACUCUAGAAUGUGAAUUAUCUCGUGCAUCACGUGAAAAAGUCCAAUGGUUAAAAGACGGUAAAGUAUUAAGUCGACUACCUGAUCGAAUCAAAAUUGAAGAAUUAGAUAAUGGGAAAGUUCAUCGUAUUGUAUUCAAUCCAAUAAGUGAAGAUGAUUUAGGUGUAUAUUCGAUACGAGUGGAAAAAUUGUCUUCACAAGCCACCCUGGAUAUGAAGAUUCCACCAACACUGAGAUUGUCAGACUCAUUCUCCGAUCGUGUCAUCAUGAAAGCAGGAUCAGCUGCUGUCUUCGAAAUCCCAUUCAUCGCCAGUCCAAAACCAAAAGUCGAGUGGAAAUGGAGACCGAGAACACGUCCUGACGCCGAGCUCGGUGCACCUCAGACUCCACGAUUCAAGCCUGAUGUGGUGUCUGGAUUGACGUCACUUCCUGUGAGCAAGGUGAAGCGUGAGGAUGCUGGUGAGUACAGUGUGGUGAUCAGUAACGAGUUGGGUGAGGUGUCGGUGAGUAUCGAGUUGAUAGUGUUGGACAAGCCGUCAGUUCCGCGUAAUUUGGAGGUGAGUGAGAACACUGGUGAGAGUGUGUUGUUCAGUUGGAGUGAGCCAGAAUUCGUGGGUGUGGCACCGGGUGUUGAUGUGAGUCAGGAGUUGUUGUAUGUGGUUGAGAUGCGUGAGUCUAGUCAACGUGCUAGUCGUUCGGUGAGUGUGACGAGUGAGUUGAGUGUGAGGAUUGAUGGUCUUCAGUUGAACAAGUCGUAUGUGUUUAGUGUGGCGGCGAAGAAUGAUGUUGGUCAAUCGGAGUUUGCAGAGACGAAGCCAGUUUCAACGAAGUUAGAAUACGGUCCACCGCCUAGUCCAAUCAAUGUGAAAGCAGUCGUCAAUCCACAGAAAGCAUCAAUCAAAGAUCAAACUAUCGAAUUGACAUGGGAACAACCAAGUGAUCAGGUGUCGGCUUCUGGACCUGUCACCAACUUCUACAUCGAAAUGAAGCCGACAGAUUCAACGCGUUGGCAGGAUGUGUCAGCCGACUUCACAAUCACUGAACCACAUUUCACACUUCCUACUGAAAAAAUGCAAGAGUUUGUUAGUUAUGAAUUUCGUGUAACGGCGGAGAAUAAAGCAGGGAAGAGUAAACCAUCAUCACCUUCGAAUGCAGUUGAGUUAGGUAUGCCGCUUGAAUUCAUUCGUCCAUUGGAAGAUGUAACUAUAAAAGAAAUAACAAGUGAGCCAGUCAUACUGGAAUGUGAACUAUCUCGAACUCCGCGUGAAAAACUUCAAUGGUAUAAAGAUGGUAUAACACUUAGUCGACUACCAGAGAGGAUAAAAAUUGAAGAACAAGAAAAUGGAAAGAUUCACCGAAUAGUUUUCUCGCCAUUGACCGAAGAAGAUCUAGGAAAAUAUACCGUAAAAGUGGAGAAUUUAGCAAGUGAAGCGAACGUCGAUAUGAAAAGUCCACCGCCAAGUCCAAUCAAUGUGAAAGCAGUCGUCAAUCCACAGAAAGCAUCAGUCAAAGAUCAAACUAUCGAAUUGACAUGGGAACAACCAAGUGAUCAGGUGUCGGCUUCUGGACCUGUCACCAACUUCUACAUCGAAAUGAAGCCGACAGAUUCAACGCGUUGGCAGGAUGUGUCAGCCGACUUCACAAUCACUGAACCACAUUUCACACUUCCUACUGAAAAAAUGCAAGAGUUUGUUAGUUAUGAAUUUCGUGUAACGGCGGAGAAUAAAGCAGGGAAGAGUAAACCAUCAUCACCUUCGAAUUCGAUUGAAUUAGGUAUCCCACUUGAAUUCAUCAGACCACUAACUGAUGUCACCAUAUCAAACGUCACCGAUCAACCUGUCAUUCUCGAAUGUGAACUGUCUCGUACACCUCGCGAUAAAGUCCAAUGGCUGAAGGAUGGAAAACCAAUCGGUCGUCUUCCUGACAGAGCGACAAUUGAGGAAUUGGAGAAUGGAAGAGUUCACCGUGUGAAGUUCACCUCAGUGACGGAUGACGAUUUGGGUGUGUACUGUAUACGAGCUGAGAAAUUGUCGAGUGAAUGUCGACUAGAUAUGAAGGUUCCACCAACACUGAGAUUGUCAGACUCAUUCUCCGAUCGUGUCAUCAUGAAAGCAGGAUCAGCUGCUGUCUUCGAAAUCCCAUUCAUCGCCAGUCCAAAACCAAAGGUCGAGUGGAAAUGGAGACCGAGAACACGUCCUGACGCCGAGCUCGGUGCACCUCAGACUCCACGAUUCAAGCCUGAUGUGGUGUCUGGAUUGACGUCACUUCCUGUGAGCAAGGUGAAGCGUGAGGAUGCUGGUGAGUACAGUGUGGUGAUCAGUAACGAGUUGGGUGAGGUGUCGGUGAGUAUCGAGUUGAUAGUGUUGGACAAGCCGUCAGUUCCACGUAAUUUGGAGGUGAGUGAGAACACUGGUGAGAGUGUGUUGUUCAGUUGGAGUGAGCCAGAAUUCGUGGGUGUGGCACCGGGUGUUGAUGUGAGUCAGGAGUUGUUGUAUGUGGUUGAGAUGCGUGAGUCUAGUCAACGUGCUAGUCGUUCGGUGAGUGUGACGAGUGAGUUGAGUGUGAGGAUUGAUGGUCUUCAGUUGAACAAGUCGUAUGUGUUUAGUGUGGCGGCGAAGAAUGAUGUUGGUCAAUCGGAGUUUGCAGAGACGAAGCCAGUUUCAACGAAGUUGGAAUAUGGUCCACCGUCUAGUCCAAUCAAUGUGAAAGCAGUCGUCAAUCCACAGAAAGCAUCAAUCAAAGAUCAAACUAUCGAAUUGACAUGGGAACAACCAAGUGAUCAGGUAUCGGCUUCUGGACCUGUCACCAACUUCUACAUCGAAAUGAAGCCGACAGAUUCAACGCGUUGGCAGGAUGUGUCAGCCGACUUCACAAUCACUGAACCACAUUUCACACUUCCUACUGAAAAAAUGCAAGAGUUUGUUAGUUAUGAAUUUCGUGUAACGGCGGAGAAUAAAGCAGGGAAGAGUAAACCAUCAUCACCUUCGAAUUCCAUUGAGUUAGGUAUCCCACUUGAAUUCAUCAGACCAUUAACUGAUGUCACCAUAUCAAACGUCACCGAUCAACCUGUCAUUCUCGAAUGUGAACUGUCUCGUACACCUCGCGAUAAAGUCCAAUGGCUGAAGGAUGGAAAACCAAUCGGUCGACUUCCUGACAGAGCGACAAUUGAGGAAUUGGAGAAUGGAAGAGUUCACCGUGUGAAGUUCACCUCAGUGACGGAUGACGAUUUGGGUGUGUACUGUAUACGAGCUGAGAAAUUGUCGAGUGAAUGUCGACUAGAUAUGAAGGUUCCACCAACACUGAGAUUGUCAGACUCAUUCUCCGAUCGUGUCAUCAUGAAAGCAGGAUCAGCUGCUGUCUUCGAAAUCCCAUUCAUCGCCAGUCCAAAACCAAAGGUCGAGUGGAAAUGGAGACCGAGAACACGUCCUGACGCCGAGCUCGGUGCACCUCAGACUCCACGAUUCAAGCCUGAUGUGGUGUCUGGAUUGACGUCACUUCCUGUGAGCAAGGUGAAGCGUGAGGAUGCUGGUGAGUACAGUGUGGUGAUCAGUAACGAGUUGGGUGAGGUGUCGGUGAGUAUCGAGUUGAUAGUGUUGGACAAGCCGUCAGUUCCGCGUAAUUUGGAGGUGAGUGAGAACACUGGUGAGAGUGUGUUGUUCAGUUGGAGUGAGCCAGAAUUCGUGGGUGUGGCACCGGGUGUUGAUGUGAGUCAGGAGUUGUUGUAUGUGGUUGAGAUGCGUGAGUCUAGUCAACGUGCUAGUCGUUCGGUGAGUGUGACGAGUGAGUUGAGUGUGAGGAUUGAUGGUCUUCAGUUGAACAAGUCGUAUGUGUUUAGUGUGGCGGCGAAGAAUGAUGUUGGUCAAUCGGAGUUUGCAGAGACGAAGCCAGUUUCAACGAAGUUGGAAUAUGGUCCACCGCCUAGUCCAGUCAAUGUGAAAGCAGUCGUCAAUCCACAGAAAGCAUCAAUCAAAGAUCAAACUAUCGAAUUGACAUGGGAACAGCCGAGUGAUAAGAUUUCUGCUGCCGGACCAAUCACUAAUUUCUACAUUGAAUUAAAACCAACAGAUUCAACUCAAUGGCAAAGUGUUUCAGCCGAUUUCACAAUCACCGAACCAAAUUUCACACUACCUACCGAUAAAAUGCAAGAGUUUGUUAGUUAUGAAUUUCGUGUAACGGCGGAGAAUAAGGCUGGGAAAAGCAAGCCAUCUUCACCAUCGAACACUGUUCAGCUAGGUAUCCCACUUGAAUUUAUUCGACCACUAACUGAUGUUACUGUCAGUGAAGUUCCUCAAGAACCCGUAAUGCUAGAAUGUGAAUUGUCUCGUUCCCCUCGUGACAAAGUACAGUGGUUAAAGGAUGUAAAACCGUUAAAUCUUCUAUCCAAGCGGAUCUCAGUAGAAGAAUCGGACGAUGGUAGAAUUCAUAGAAUCAAGUUCCCAACAUUAACUGAUGACGAUUUGGGUGUCUAUACAAUUAAAGUUGAGAAAUUAUCUAGCGAAGCAAAGUUAACUAUGAAAGUGCCACCAACAUUGAGAUUGUCAGACUCAUUCUCCGAUCGUGUCAUCAUGAAAGCAGGAUCAGCUGCUGUCUUCGAAAUCCCAUUCAUCGCCAGUCCAAAACCAAAGGUCGAGUGGAAAUGGAGACCGAGAACACGUCCUGACGCCGAGCUCGGUGCACCUCAGACUCCACGAUUCAAGCCUGAUGUGGUGUCUGGAUUGACGUCACUUCCUGUGAGCAAGGUGAAGCGUGAGGAUGCUGGUGAGUACAGUGUGGUGAUCAGUAACGAGUUGGGUGAGGUGUCGGUGAGUAUCGAGUUGAUAGUGUUGGACAAGCCGUCAGUUCCGCGUAAUUUGGAGGUGAGUGAGAACACUGGUGAGAGUGUGUUGUUCAGUUGGAGUGAGCCAGAAUUCGUGGGUGUGGCACCGGGUGUUGAUGUGAGUCAGGAGUUGUUGUAUGUGGUUGAGAUGCGUGAGUCUAGUCAACGUGCUAGUCGUUCGGUGAGUGUGACGAGUGAGUUGAGUGUGAGGAUUGAUGGUCUUCAGUUGAACAAGUCGUAUGUGUUUAGUGUGGCGGCGAAGAAUGAUGUUGGUCAAUCGGAGUUUGCAGAGACGAAGUCAGUUUCCACUAGCUUGAAAUUCGGUCCUCCAAGUCCUCCGCUUAAUGUUGUUGCCUCUGUAAAUCCACCACGAGCUGAACCUGAAGAUCAGAUGAUCACAGUGAGUUGGUCGGAACCUGAAACGACAAAAUCCGAUACACCUGGAUCAACUCCAUCGCAUUAUAUUGUAGAGUAUCGUGUGGAUGAAGGACGUAGUUGGAAUCAGUUAGUUUGUGGAAAAGAAGUUGUUGGAUUGCAGUUGGAAUUUUCACCGAUUAAAGAAAGCAUGAGUGCUGGAAAGUCUUAUACCUUCAGAGUCACUGCUGUUAACAAAGCUGGUGCAGGUGAACCAUCAAAACCAUCGAAUUCUAUUGAACUGGGAGUAAUCCUUGAGUUUAUACGUCCAUUGGAAGAUUUGAUCAUCACUAAUGUUGAACCUAUCGAAUAUAAAUUAGAGUGUGAGUUAUCACGUAAACCAAGGACAAUGGUAGCAUGGACAAAAGAUAACAAACCACUAGUUGUACGACCAGAUGAUGAUCACAUGAAAUUGUCAGAUCAAGGGACAGUCCAGUCAGUUAUCUUUUCACGUCUGAUUGAUACAGAUGUUGGCGUAUAUGCAAUCCAAGUGGAGAAUAUCUCAUCUAAGUGUAAAUUGGAAGUCAAAGCUCCACCAAUCAUUCCAAUAUCUGAUAAAUUCGAGGAUCGUAUCACUCUAAAAGCUGGUAGUUCAAAAAUCCUAGAAGUUCCAUUUGUAUCUUCACCAAAGCCUAAAGUUAAAUGGACCUGGGCACCAAGCACUGAUAUUACGCAAGAACAAGUACCUAGAUUCAAACCAGAUGUAGUUGCUGGUUUAACCACAUUACCUUUAAGUCGUGUUAAACGUGAAGACAGUGGAGCGUAUAAAGUGACAAUAUCAAAUGAUCUCGGUGAAAUUUCUAUGACAACUUAUGUCACUGUCAUUGACAAACCAUCUCCACCAAGAAAUCUUACCAUUACGGAUGCAACAGAAAAUUCAGUCAUGUUCAAUUGGGAUGCACCACUCGGUGUGAGUGAAAACGAAUGUCUAGAGUAUGUUGUUCAAUACAGAGAUGCAUCUAAACGUUCAAGUCAACCUGUCAGUGUUUGUGUUACAAAAGAACUGAAAACAAAGAUAGACGGCCUUCAACUUGGAUCUCAGUAUAUAUUUUCAGUAUGUGCAAGAAAUGAAGUUGGCGAUUCUGCAUUUGCUGAAACUCAACCUUUCUUGAUUAAAUAUUCAUUCGAUACUCCUGAACCACCAGGUAAACCUCAGGUUACAAUUUUGGAAAGUGGUAAGGUUGCUCUGGAGUGGACGCCUCCUUUCUCAGAUGGCGGUUCUCCGAUAACAGAAUAUCUCAUAGAGAGUAUGAGCGAACGAUCACUUGGAAAAGGUCAGCGUCGUUCAUCAGUCUUCGGCGCGCGAGGACAAUGGAAUUCAUUGACUUCAGGUGUUGUAUUUGAACCUGAUAUUCAGCCUAAAGCUACAAUAACUGGUUUAUCUUCAGAAAUGCAGUACACAUUCCGUGUUUGCGCUGUAAAUAAAGCCGGUAAAGGUGCAUUUGGUCCACCUUCAGAUUCUUGCUUACCGAUGGUAAAACCUCCUAGAGUUCCAGGAAAACCUGGUCCAAUAACAUUGAAACCGUUGAAUGAGACAAGCGUCAAUUUAGUUUGGACACCUGGUCCAGUAAAUGAUGAUUUUGGUCCAGCUGAUUAUUACCUCGUUGAAGCUUGUGAAGCCGACGGAGAUGAAUGGAAAGAAGUCGGGAGAACAAAUAAACCAAAUGUUUGUGAUUUAGAUGUACAAAAUCUUGACAGUUCUACACGUUAUCAAUUUCGUGUUCGAGGAGUAAACAAAGAGGGUAUCGGUGAACCAUCUAAAAUAUCCGAGAAGAUUUGUUUGAAGAAAGAUGCUCCACUCUCUAUAGUUAAAGAGCUUGAAUCGAUUCAUUUGCAAGAGAUUCCACAAACAGUUGAAUUCGAAUGUCAUCUUUCAAAAUUGCCACAAAAAGUUCAAUGGUUUUAUAAUGGGAAACGUUUAGAUGCAUCAAAUUUACGUAAAUAUAGUUUCACAGAUGAUGGGAAAAUACAAAAAUUGGAAAUGUUGAAGGUUACACUGGAUGAUGUUGGUGAAUAUUCUAUCAAGAUUGAUAAGUUGGAAUCAAAGGCCACGUUUGAGAUAGAAUUACCACCGAAAAUUUGUCUCCCAGAUGAUUUCUCUGAUACAAUUGUACUCCCUCAAGGAGCUAGUUGUACUAUUGAUAUACCAUUUACUUCAUGCCCACCUGCUACUAGUAUUGUUUGGUACUGGAAUGGUAGUCGUACCUUACCCGAUCCUGCUAAACGAACUGUUCCAGACAAUGAUGCCAAAUCUAAAGCUGUACUUCGCCUUACUUCUGUAGAAGUCACUGAUGCCGGAGUUUAUGAAGCUGUUAUCACGAACCCAUAUGGGGAAGCAAAGGCCACAAUUACCUUGAAAGUUCUGGGUGCUCCUGGUCCAGUAACUUCUCUAGAAGCUCAUGUUGAAUCAACUAAAGAAGUGUCAAUUUUAUGGAAACCACCUAAAGAUGACGGUGGUAGUCCAGUCACAGGAUAUAAGGUUGAACAGCGUCAAUUAGCUGCUGAACCUGGAGGUAUGUUGCGUUCUCAGGCAAAGGAAUGGUCAGUAAUUGCAAACGUCAGCUGCAAAUCAAAAGUAGUAUCUGAUGAUGGAGAGGGAGAGUCAUUUGUACAUCGUGUUACAGGACUGACUGAAAAGGCAACUUAUUUGUUUGCUGUUUCUGCCGUCAACGACUGUGGAACUGGACCACGUAAAGAAAUAUCUGAUGGAUUGGUCAUGAAAUCUCCAUAUGAUGUACCAGAAAUGCCGAAAGAUCUUACAGCGAAACCAAUUGACAAAUCAACAAUUGAAUUAGAGUUCAGAUUACCAACUCCUCAUCUGGAAGCUCCAUUAACUGGUGUAAUCGUUGAAUAUCGUCCAAAAAAUUCAUCAAGAUGGAAGUCAGAAACUUUUGAACCAUCUUCUACUAUACAAAUAGGAAGACUAGAACCAAAUACAGAAUAUGAAUUUCGUGUCAGCUGUACUAAUGUGGCUGGACAGAGUGAACCAUCAAACAUUGCUAAAGCUAAAACAAAACAGUUACCAAAACCACCUGAAGCUCCAAAACUUGACAAUGCUACUCCAUGUAAUACAAAUUCAGUGAAAGUCGAAUGGUCCUCUCCAGAUAGUGACGGUGAUAGUCCUAUUACAUCUUAUCAAGUUGAAAUUUGUGAUGCUAAAGCUGGAAGUGAAGUUUGGAAGCCUAUUGAUGCUUUGAAUAUCGAUCGUGCUGAGCAGCGUCUACUGUCACCAGAUGAACAUAACUCCUAUGAAUUAACAAUCAAUAAUUUGGAUACUUCAAAAUCCUUUAAAUUCCGUGUCUUUGCUGUUAACAGCGUAGGGCCAGGUAAACCAUCGAAAAGUUCCCAGCCUAUUACACCUGGCGUUGAAGUUACCGUUGUCCGACCUUUGACUGAUGUUUGUUUCAAUGAAAUACCACAGCCUGGCACAAAAGUUGAAUUAGAAUGUGAAUUAAGUCAACCUAACUGCCGAGUAAGCUGGUUAUGCAACGGGAAACCAAUUGCGCUAGGCAAAAAGUAUGACUUCUCUCCAGAAGGGAAUGUUUAUCGUUUGAUCAUCAAUGAUGUGACACUUGAAGACAUGGGAACUUACGAGCUUAAUUACAAGAAAUUAAAAACACAAUGUAAAGUUGAAGCGAAAAUACCUCCAACACUUCUUGAAGACACUGAAGAAGACCAAACACGUCGUAUUAAUGUUGGUUCAAAUUGUGUACUAGAAGUACCAUUUAAAGCUUAUCCAAAGCCGUCAGUUAAAUGGCUUGCACAGGGUAUACCAGUCACUGAUGCAACUAGACGUUAUCAGGUGAAUAUAGUAGCUGGUUUAACAUCAUUGUCAAUUCAACGUGUACAAAAGGAAGAUGCUGGUAAAUUGGUUGCUUUAAUCGAAAAUGAACAUGGUAAACUCACCUGGAAAUGUGAACUAAUUGUAGUUGAUAAACCGGGUCCGGUAGAGAAUCUAACUGCUGAACCGAGCAGCAGCCGAGUUCAUAUGCUGCUUAGCUGGAAGCCACCGCGUAAAGACGCUGACAAUCCAAUAACACAUUAUGAAAUUGAAUAUCGUAAUUCAAAGCGUCGUGCCUGGCAAACACUUAAAGACGGUCCAUCAGAUGAUGAUGAUUUGUUUAAAGUCCCCGGUGAUGUUAAACAGUUUGAAAUACCAAUAACAGAGAAGGAAACAGCAAAUAGUCUAGCGCCUAAUACUGAUUACUACUUCCGCGUAAUAGUUGUCAAUGCUGUUGGGAAAAGUGAACCAACUGAAACACGCUCAGUGGUUCGAACUCCAUCAUUACCGAAACCGCCUAAGCUGAAAUAUGAUCCAACUCUAGAGACAAUUAAGAUAGCCGCUGGUCAAAAGCACGCUAUACCUGUCGAUGUGGAAGGUGAACCUACGCCAAAGAUAGAUUGGCGAUUUAUUCCUGACGGUCAGUCUAAAGAUUCCCAGUCUCCGAUUCCCAAUGAUGCACAAAGUGAAGCAUCUGGUCCAGAUCAAGAUGGUGUUAAUAAAGUCGCUAUGAAAUUCCGUAAAAUAUCAAGAUCAUGCGAUGGCACGUAUGUGUUAACAGCUGUCAACAGUGGUGGUGAGGCUCGUGCAGAAUUCCGUGUUAUUGUAUUAGGCUUGCCAGGUGCACCACUUGAACUAGUAGCAUCAAAUCUAUCAAAAACUUCAAUCCGUCUAAAGUGGUUACCGCCUACAGACACCGGAGGCAGUCAGUUGUUGAAUUAUGUUAUUGAACAGGCUGUAGUGAAGAGUAAUACAGCCACACCGUCUAGUGUUGGUUAUUGGGAGCCAGUAGCCCGUAAUUUACCAGUACAUGAAGCAUCUGACGGUUCAACAGGCUGUUUGUAUGAUAUCAUUAAUUUAGCACCAGAAAAGCAUAUGCUUUUCAGAGUGGCAGCUCAGAACAAACAAGGUGUUGGUGAAUUUGCAGCAACUAAAAGUCCGAUUUUAGUCACUUCACCACACAAUUUGCCUGGACCACCAAGAGAUUUGAAGGGUACUGUAGAUAAGGAUGGACAAGUCCACUUAGAAUGGAAACCACCACAACAGGAUGGCGGUGCAAAGAUUAUAAAUUAUAUUGUGGAAAAAUGUUCAUCUCUUAAAGAUGCUAAUUGGUCUGAAGUGAAUCUUCCUGAAUCACCUGAAACUGAACGAAUAAUAUCAAAACUUAGAGAUGGCAUCUGUUACUUCCGUGUGUCAGCUGUCAAUGAGGCUGGAAAAGGUUCACCCUCCAGUAUCAUUGAUUUAGAUGUGAAGAAAGGUUCUGAUAAACCUGAUCAGCCAGGUCAGCCAACAGUUGAGGUUAUUGCAGAUGGGGCUGUCCAACUACGUUGGUCACAACCAUUGAAUGAAGGUACCGGUGGACCGAUUAAAGGUUAUGAAGUUCAAAUAUGUGAAGUUGGUUCAACUAAAUGGAAGCCUGUUUCAUCAGACUUAUAUCCAGCGAAUGAAGCUCGUGUAACUGGAUUGGAUUCAACAAAAGAUUAUCUAUUUAGAGUGAUUGCUGUUAACAAUGCAGGAGCAAGUCAACCUUCUGAGCCGAGUAGACCCGUUCGUCCAGCUACGGAUGUGGAUUUCGUUCGUCAGUUAGAAAAUCAAUCCAUCACAGAGUUACCCUCUGAUGUUGUAUUCGAAUGUGAAUUGUCUCGACCAGGUAUGACACUGAUAUGGUCUAAGGAUGGACGUGAACUCAAUUUGUCAACACGAUGUGUGUACAGUAUUGUUGGUGAAGGCGAUAAAGCAUUUUGCAUUCAUCGACUAACGCUAAUCAAAGUUAGCCCAGAUGAACAAGGUGUCUAUAGUGCAAGAUUAGUGACUGGUAAAAAAACUGAAGCUAAACUGACUAUUGAAUGCCCACCGAAAAUAAAUUAUACUGGAGCAUUGGAGAUACAAUUACUCAGUGGUAAAAGUACAGUGAUUGAAGUGCCGUAUACAGGAGCACCAUUCCCAGAUGUCAACUGGUCAUUCAAUCAUGGACCUUUACCGAUUGGUGCAAAGCGUGAUUCUCCGCUCGCCUCAGUGGAUACAGUUUAUGGAUUGACAUGUUUACGUCUACGCCAUGUUACAAGAGAAGUUUCCGGGAGUUAUAAACUUCUGGUGAGUAACGACAUGGGCAAGGCAAGUUUAGAGAUUGUCGUAAAAGUGCUAGAUGUUCCUGAGCCUGUACGUCAACUGAAAGCAACUGUUCAAAAUCAACCGUCUGGUACUGCUUUACUCACCUGGCAAGAACCGAGAGAUGAAGGCGGUUCACCAAUUACUGGCUAUUUAGUUGAAAAACGUGAAGCGAAUAAGCGUAGCUGGACACCAUUUGGUUCACUGGUCAAAGAAUUGAGUUGUACUAUAGACGGACUGACACCCAAUACUGGUUAUUUCUUUAGAGUAAUGGCUCAAAAUGCAUCGGGUUGCUCUGAGCCCACGGAAACUGAUACAUCAGUUGUAAUUCCCUGUUUAACAAAGCCGCCUUCAGCUCCUGGAACGCCGGAAGCAAGUGACAUUGGGACAGAUUCAUGUCGUGUCAUCUGGGAGCCACCUAGUACAGAUGGUGGUGCACGCCUGACAUUCUACCAUCUAGAGAAAAGAGCAAAUCUUAAAGGGAACUGGGUGCGGGCCUGUGCAGAUAAACUGCCUGUCCUGCCAAACGAAGUUAAAAGUACUUAUGUGACAAAAGUUACUGGCCUUGUGCCAGACAAUGUGUAUGAGUUUCGUGUAGCAGCUGAAAACGCCGAUUUUAUGGUUGGUGAAUACUCUAAUCCAAGUCAUAGAAUUUCAACACAAUUACCAUUUUCUGUACCCGGAAAACCGUCAAGGCCUGAGGUUAAAAAUGUCACAGAGACAACUAUUGGUCUUGGAUGGAAAGCUCCAUAUGAUGAUGGCGGUGAUUCGGUGAAAAAAUAUAUUGUCCAAUACAAGAGCACAUCGUCAUCCGAAUGGAAAACUGCCAGUGAAAUGCCGGUUGAUUUGGAAUUCACUGUAUGCCAUUUGCAAUCUGAUGAACAGUAUGAAUUUCGGGUUGCAGCUAUCAAUUCAGCAGGUCAAGGACCAUGGUCUGAUACUUCUGAACCUUGUCACCCAGCUAAAGCCAUUGAAUCCGCCAAACCUUCUUUGGUCAGCCCAUUAAAUAAUAUAACGGUGUUAGUUGGCCAAUCAGUUGAAUUAAACUGCGAUUUCCAACUGGGUGAUCCAAAAGGAAAUGUGACUUGGCUGAAAGAUGGCAAACCAAUACGAAGUCAAGUCAAGUAUUCAACAAGUUCUACUUGGGAACGGAGAGCCAACCUGAAGAUAAAUCGUGCAAAGUUAGAGGAUGCAGGUGUGUUCAGUUGUGUAGCAGAGAAUCCAGCUGGUAAGGCUGAAACUACUUGUCGUGUUACUGUUGCUCAAAAGCCAACUUUACAGCUGGAAUUAGACAAAUCUGGAUCGAGUAAUGUAAGCGGAACAAUAGGAAAACCAGAUCAGUUAACUGGUCGAGUUGGUGGUUGUUUAGUACUGAAAGCCACCUGUGAAGCUGUCCCAGACUGUGAGUCAAUUGUAUGGUUCAUCAACGGGAAACAAAUUGAUUCAAGCUUGGAUUCAGAGUUGUUGUCUCGCGUAAUAGUUAACGAUACUCUUACAAGCCGAACUUCAAGUGGACCAAAACCCUUAGUUUCUGUAUUGACCAUCAGUAAUCUUUAUCUCUCUGAUGCUGGUGAUUAUGGAUGCAGUUGUAUGAAUGAAGUGGGAACUGCUCAAGCUGCUAUCAAAUUAUUAUUAUGUGAUCGUCCACAACCACCAAUGUCUAUUGAAGUAACUGAAAAUCGUGGCCAAGAUUGGAUAGAAGUUAAAUGGGAGAGACCAGCUAGUGAUGGUGGCUCUAAACUGACACGGUAUGUUAUUGAACGUCGUAUUGUCUCAGGUGGUCAAAAUACAUCGGUUCGUGAGACAAAUUGGUCUAAUGUUGGACAAACUGGACCUUAUGAUGAUCAUUUACGAAUUCAAAACUGUGUACCUGGAACAGUGUACUCUUUUCGUAUUUUCGCGGAAAAUGAAAUUGGUAUGAGUGAUCCCACAGAAAUAGAAUCACCCUAUCAAAUGAAAUCAUAUACAGAUGUACCAUCACCUCCAACUCAUGUCAAAGCAGAGCGUUCUUCACCGAGAGAAGCUAAAAUCCAAUGGCGUCCACCUACUAGUGAUGGUGGAGAUUCUAUUCAAGGUUAUAUGGUUGAACUACGCGAAUCACCAGAUCCAAAAAGUCAAUAUGCAUCACAAUGGACACAAGCUAGUCCAAAAUUGAUUAGAUCUGGAACUACUUUAAAAGUUGACGAUUUACACCCGGAUAUGUUUGUUCAAUUUCGAGUACGUGCUCGAAAUCCAGUUGGAUUUAGUGAACCGUCUGAACCAUCUGAAUGGAUUGAGCCUAUUGUAAAAGAACGUCGUGAAACUACCGAAGAAACGUCUCGACGAGAUGGUGUGACGAAGUUACCAAAAGAUACACAACCUCCAAUAGAUAUAUUACAAGAGGUUAUUGCUCUUAAAGAAGCAGGCCGUCCAAAGAAGAGUAUUGUUACAGAAGCGCCUAAUUUACAACUUCUGGGUGAAAGUAGCUAUCGUUUAAGACCAGGAAAUAACCUACGUGUUGGUGUACGUGUAGACUCUGGGUCUAAAGCCAAUGUCGAACUUUUAACAGCAAGUGGACAACCUCUACUGGGAAACACUCUUGGAAGAACUCGUGUAGAGCAAUUCGGUGAUGAUUUCUACGUAAAUCUACGUAAUAUCAGUCUUUCUGAUGCAGGCAGUUAUUGUAUAAAGGCGAGUAAUUCAGCUGGUGAAAGCAGUCAGUUAAUUCAUUUGACUGUUCUCACGGAACCCCUACCACCGAAAGCACCACUUUUAGCCAAAGUUAUUGAAAGUCCUAAAGAAUAUUCUGAAGGUGCAACUGUCGAGUUGACAUGGGGGCCUUCACCACUGCGUGAUGGGGAGUCAGUAGAACAUACUUCACCAGUUUUAGGCUAUUGUGUUGAACGACGUGAAGGUCAACGCCGACAACACUUUAAUUAUCCUAUUCAGUUAAAAGGUGCUGACAAAUUAUCUGUAAGAAUAAAUGAUUUGAAACCAGGAGUUGAAUAUGUCUUCCGUGUAAGUUCAUACAACGAUGUUGGAGCCAGUGAACCAACGUAUUCAGAACCACUUGUAAUUAAGUCACCCUACGGUGUUCCUGAUGCUCCUAAAGGACCAUUGGUUUGCUCCGAUUUAACGGAUUCUUCCCUAAAGCUCAGUUGGUUGCCGCCUGAGGAUGAUGGUGGUCUUCCCGUGAAAAGAUACUGCAUUGAGAUUAAAGAUGUUGGUCAUCCAGCUGGAUGGAUACCUUUAAGUACUGUAUCAGCAGAUUCUACUUCUUACUUGGUCAGUGGUUUGCAACAAGGAUUUGCUUAUCGAUUCCGUGUAAGAGCUAUCAAUGAUGAAGGACCAGGUGAUUGGUUAGAAACAGACAAAUCCAUACCUUUCCGUCGUCCUGUUACAAAUCCAUCUCAACCUGAGGGACCUUUACGCAUGCUACCAGAUGGUGAUAAAGCAGUCCGUUUGACCUGGAACGCCCCAUUAGAUGAUGGUGGCUCUCCUAUAAAAGAAUAUAUAGUAGAAGUAUGCAUGGAUAGAUCAGGAGAACACUGGCAACCUGUUGGGGAGGUACAAGGCCUAAGCAAGCAUGUUGAAAAUCUUGUUCCAGAUGGGAUUUACAGUUUCCGUAUCACUGCACGUAAUGAAGAUGGUAAAGUUGGUCCACCUUUGUACUCAGAAAUCUACAAGCCGGGAGCACCUAUGACUCCACCUGGACAGCCUGUUGGUCCACUCAAAGCUACUUGUACUGGAAUCGGUCAGGUGAGAUUAGAAUGGAAACCUCCGGUAGUUGGCGGACGAAGUGGUUGUGGAGUACCUGAUGAAUAUUUAGUUGAACGCUAUGAACCUAAGAAAGCACGCUGGGCAUAUGUAACUCGGCAGAGUGCUUCUGCCGGAACAAGUUUAGUGGUCUCUAAUUUGCAACCGGGUUCUGAAUGUCAAUUCCGUGUACGAGCUGAAAACAGAGCUGGUUCUGGUCCUUUCCUCGAAUCCGACCGUCCAGUUACAAUCAUUAGCCCAUUCAAUCCACCAGGUCCACCUGAAGGUCCGAUGAAUAUAUCAGAAGUUCAAAUGGGUGCCAGUCGAGCAGACUGUUCAGUUCGUAUUUCAUGGAGACCUCCUAUAGAUACAGGUGGAUUACCACUUAUACGUUAUAUUGUACAAAUGCGUUAUGCUAAUACACCAGGUUGGCACAGAGUAACUGGGGUUCAAAGAACAAUUAGUACAGAUGAAGUUAGCAGCAAAUUAGACACAGGAAAGAUAGAUUUAGCCACCAGUUCGUUGGUGACUGGUUUAAUGCAAGGUCAACGUUACGUUUUUCGGGUUGCAGCGGUGAAUGAAGUUGGAACAGGUGCAUUCUUAGAAUCUGAAACAUUUGAAAUGCCUGAAGAUGAUAGCUGCAAACCUAAAGCAGACUGGGUUCGUAUUGCCGGGAAAUCAGCUGACAGUGUGACUGUGGAAUGGCUUGUUCCUCACGACUGUCGACAUGACCAUGGACCUAAUCGUGCACAUCACUUAGCCAUAGAUAGUUUUCGUGUAUUUGUUCGACCUGCAACAACUCCUCAACCAAGUGAUGCAUCUCAGUGGAAACAAGUGGCUGAAUUAGAUCAUUAUUUGAAUCGUUUAGUAGUGGGGAAUUUGAAACCAAAUCAAUUUUACUAUUUCGGUGUAGCAGCUGUUAAUCAAUCUGGACAAGGUGAAAUUAUUUCUACUAAAGAGCCUGUUUGCCCAGAAGCUAUUACAACUGUACCAAGUCAACCGAUUGGACCAUUACAAGUAUCGAAUAUAACAGACAACAGUUGUCAGUUGUCAUGGUUAAGUCCUGCAAGUGAUGGUGGCAGUCCAAUAUUGGGCUAUCGAAUUUAUAAACGUGAAAUGUAUCGUCGUAGUUGGCAAGAAAUUGGACGCAUAACUGAAUUAUCUGGACUAACCAGUUCAAGACAAUUACAAUUUCAAGUACAAUACUUAAUGCAUGGUACAGCCUAUGAGUUUCGUGUUGUAGCUGAAAAUAAAAAUGGUCUCUCUGAACCAUUGGACACUCAAGCUCAAGUUCAUCCGAUUAAACAGACUGGUGUCCCAGGACCACCAAGAGGACCAUUGCGUGUACGUGAAGUUCCUGGCAGUAUUGGAACGCUUGAAUUAUCAUGGUCACCACCACAUGAACUUGGAGGAUUACCUAUACUUGGUUAUCAACUGGAAGUUCGCCAGGGUCGUUCAUUCAACUGGAAACCAUAUCCAUUGUCUGGUGAACUUAUAGCUUGCGGACCUGAAUUCAAAUUCCAACCGUCACAUAUUAUCACGGAUAUUCAACCGAAUAAGGAAUACUUUUUCCGUGUAUCAGCUGUUAAUAAGGAAGGUGUUGGUUUACCACUAACUGCUGAUGACAGUUAUGUGAAAAAUAUUAAUUUAGCGCCACCGAAACGCGUAAUGGGUCGCCGUAUACCUUCGGAUGAAACUGAUAGCCAAAGUUAUGUUAAACCAUUAUUACAAGUUUCAUGGGAAUGGACUCCUUUAAUGGCACAUGAACCUCAACCAACAGGUUUCCAGAUUGAACGGCUUGAUAUAGCAUCUCGAAGUGCAAAAUGGGAACCGAUUGAUUUUGUUCCAAUUAACGACCGUUCUCAAACAAAUUACACUCACCAGUCUGUUUCUCCAAGUCUUGAUGGUAGUUACAAGUUUAGGGUGUAUACUACAUACAAUGAAGGUGCCAGUCAACCAGUUGAAUCAGGUGUCGUUUUGGCUAGUCAACCAUCAGUAGGACGGCCUGAUUCACGUGAAACUAGUCAUUAUAUACCUCCAGUUCCAUCAGUUACGCUAAGAUCUGAUAGUAGAUUGGGCUAUGAACUUGAAUGGGAAGCUCCUGAAGGCCGAGGAGCUGAAGAAAUUCGUGGGUUUACUCUAGAAGACUGGGAUUCAAAGAAGCAGAAAUGGGCACCACUGAUAGAAAUCCCAGCAACUGCACCUCGACAGUUAUCUUUGGCUGCACCUUAUACUCCUGAUAAAGACUAUAAGAUGAGAAUCAUCAGCCAUGGUGCAACUGGAAAGUCGAUACCAACUGAAUUUGGUCUGUAUCAAAGCCCAAGAGAGUCUGCAUUAUCUAAACCCGUAUCUAGAGACUGGACAACACUACCAAGCACAUCAGGUCAUCCAUCAUCUGCAUUAUACCCCGAAAGAGGUUUUCCACGCAGAGAAAUCGAUGAUGAUUUUGAUUUGGAAUUAGCUAUGAUUACAGGAUAUGAAUCUGGAUCUGUGGAUGUAGAUGAAUUUAUUCGUUCUAGGCGCCAAAUAGCUCAAGACAUAACUCAGCGUACAGCUACACCAUAUCGCACUCCAUCGUCCUUAGGAAGACUCAGUGUAUUAGAACGAGAAGGACUGGACUUAAAUCGUAUUGAAAGUUCAUUAUAUUCAACUGGGAGGUUGACCGCUCGUCCGGGAACUUCUACUCCAUCAGGAUUACUAAUUACAGACCAACUAAGAGCACAAAUUGUAAGUCCUACUUCCGUUCAUCUCAGCUGGCCUGAACCAAGUGGCCUUUUAGCUCCUGGUAAAAUUAAUCUCUAUGACAUACAGAAGUGGGAACCUACUUAUGCUAGAUGGGUCUCAAUCGCAAAGGCUCCAUCCAGAGUUACGGACUACACAUUGACUGGUCUCCGAACAACAGAUGAAAACGGCUGGUGGUUCCGUGUAGUACCUUUGGGUCGUGAUGGAGAGUCUGUUGGUGCACCAUAUCAGAUGGCUAAACCACUUUAUCCUAGAUCCCAACACGCUACAGUACCUUCUUCUGUCUGGGGUGUAGAGAUUUCCCCUGCUUAUGGUCUAAACAAUAUGGAUAAGCGUACAAUUCAAGUUAACUGGAUGCGGCCUAGCAAUGAUGGUGGCUCUGAUAUUCUUGGCUAUCGUCUAAUAGUAUAUGAUGCUGAUACAGGUGACGAUCAAGAGAUAGUUGUAUCUCCAAAGUUCUUGAAUGCUAAGAUCGAUUCUUUAGAAGCUUUUCAUGUCUACAGAAUAACUAUCACUGCAUUCAACCGCGUCGGUGACUCGAUUCCAGUUACCUCAACUGUACCUCUACAUCCCGAAACACCUGGUCUACCACCUUUACCUCUACCUCCAAGUGACUUCCGAGCUGUUUUAGCUGAUCAAUUCGGCAAAGAGUAUUGUAGCUGCAUUUUAUCUUGGAAACCACCUUCACUGAUCUCAUCCCCUGUAGACUUUUAUGUAAUUGAAAAAUGGAGUUCCCAGUCUAAACAAUGGAUUCCAUUCAAAAAAGUUACUGCUGAUAUACAUGAAAUUGAGGUUACUCAUUUACUUGACGAUGUGGAUUAUGGUUUUAGAAUACGAUCACAAAAUGUCAGUGGGCUAAGUGAGCCAUUAUGUCUGAAUACUCAUAUUCGACCAAACUUAGCAAAAGAGAAGAAUAUUCUUGCUUUACCUCCACCAGCUCCUGGAGGACCUUUGGAAUUGAAGCCAAUUUCUACACCAAAUGAAGGUUUAUCAAAACUUAAGGAAGUAACAGAGAUUGCUAACCGUGUAAUGGAGUUAUGUUGGAGUCAACCAACUCUCCUACCAGAUGAAGUAGGCCCGAUCAGAGGUUAUGUUAUUGAGGCCCGACGAAGUGGUCAAGAGAACUGGGCACUACUUGGACGGCUUCCAGUAACAAGAGAUAGAUAUUGGAAUAUUGUUUUUGGUCCACAAAAUACUAGUUAUAGCAGAAUGCCAUCAAGUCAGCCUUUACAUCGUCCAGCUUCUACUUUGACUGAAUACUCUGAUGUAUGGGAUAGGAGCAUCCCACAAUUACUCGCCAAAAGUUAUCCUUCUACAUCAAUGUUACCAGGAGAGCCUAAAGAUUAUGAAUUUCGUUUAUAUUCAGAAAACGAAUUCGGCCUAUUCACCCUUGAAUAUUCGCCUAAAUUUAUAUCACCUCCUAGAGGACCCAUUCAAAUAGAAACCAGACCAAAAUCUUCUUCGUAUCAAGACAGAAUUCAAAAGGGAAGUGAUACUACAACUCCAGAAGAUUUGGUUUUAAGAUGGAAACCUCCGUAUGAUACAACGAAUAUUUCCAGCUAUGAAGUGGUUUACAGGACACCAUAUGAAAUGAAAUGGCAACCUAUUGGUAGAACAGGUCUCUCUGAUACAAGUUUAAGAAUACCCAGUUCAUUGUUACAUGAUUUUCCACAGACUGUUCAUGUUGGUGUUCGUUCUGUCGGAGAAUAUGUUCCUGAAUUGGAUAGACGUCCAUAUUCCGAGACAGUUGAAGAAGUUUUGUCCAUUCCACAAAGUAUUUUCACCUCAUCAUCUUACCAACAUAAACCUUAUAAGACUACAAAAGACGAAUUCAGUCUACGACCACCAUCAGAAGUUCGUGCAAGUGUUUUCAAAUAUUCUCCAGAUAAAGAAAGUCCUGAAGAAGUGGCUGUUGCUUGGCGUCCACCAAGUGAAAAGUCUGUAGUACAAAGAGGUUUAGAUAGCUCACCAGAUUCUUACUUGAUAUUAUCCAGAGAGCUGGGUCAUUCUGAAUGGAAAGAGAUUCAAACUAUUCCUAGCGAUCUCACCAACACUCACAUUAGAUCAUCAUUACUACCACAAGGUCGAGACAUAUAUAUUGGUGUUGCACCUGUUCGUGGUAUUCAAAUAGGGCCAAUUAUGUCCACCUUGGAUACCAUUAAAUUAGCAGAGCCCGCAAAUUCACGAAGAUUUUCCUCAAGAAGUUCCUUACCAUUUAUUUCUGGUGAGCCGUUAACUGUUUUACCCGAUGGACCAGAUGCAAUACGAGUACAGUGGAAACCUACUGAAGCAUUGAUAAGUAAACUACCUGAACGAGGUAUUUCAGAUUAUCGAUUGGAAAUGAGGCGCCCGUAUGACUUAGAAUGGAAAUCAGUGAAAAUACCAAAGAAUAUAGAUUUGAUUAAUGGAAUCUCGCCUAUAACAAGUGCAUUGGAAUACAGAUUGGAUAAUUUGAAGCCAGGUGAACGUAUUGAGCUAAGAAUAGCUACACGACCAGGUCGUUCUGGACCACCAAUUCCAGUAACUGAUACUCUGUUCUAUCAGUUUAUUCCUCCUUAUGAUGUCCCAUCGAAACCGAGAGGACCAUUAAUGAUCGAUGUGCUGCCUGUCUAUUCGCCUAUUUAUUCAAGAAGACCAUCAUCUGUUCUAGAACGAAAUGAGUUUUCAUCACCACUUCCUGCUCAACCAACAUCACAUACGGAUUCAAAGAGUAUUGAGCUGAAGUGGCAUGCUCCUAUCGACACAGGUGGCCUACCGAUAACAGAAUAUGUUAUAGAACGUCGUGGAGGUCCAGUCAAAAGUUUUACGAAUGAAUGGAUUCCAGUAUUAUCCGUUUCAGGAGAAACAACUACGGCAAUGAUUCCAAUCCCAAGUACUGCAGCUAAUACUUCUCCCUAUUCAUUUCGUGUUCGAGCAAUUAAUCGUAUGGGUGCAAGCAGUCCAUUAGAAACUACAAGACCAAUUGACUUUGGAACAUUAUUGUCAGAACAAAGUAGUCGGCCUUCUUCAAGAGCUGGUUACCGAUCACUACCACCUGCUGCUCCAGUUGGUCCUUUGAGGUCGGAACUGCUUCCUUUUGAUUCAGGUGUACAUCUAGAAUGGCAACAUUCUGUAAAAAGUCCUUACAAAUUAGAAGAAUCACCAUUGCCAUCCACUUACGUAAUUGAAGCUACCGAAGCCAGCAGGCCAGAUGCACCUUGGAUCGAAGUGGGUCGUGUCCCAGGUACUGUGACAUCUGCUGAUGUCCGGCUUUUACCAUCUUCGUAUAGAAGUGAACCGACGGAAAGGCUACCUUCUUUGGAUAAGUACCAAAUACCUCCCACUCUGCUCUAUCGAGUAAGGGGAGAAAACGACUUUGGUUCAAGUGCACCACUUGUGACGCGAAUCGAACCGCCCAGUAGAUCUGUAUAUGAUUUUAAACCUGAGUUUGAACAUUUGCGAUUAAGUCCUGGUCGCCUCGAAGCUCGCUUACUGCCAACACUGUCAGCAUAUCAAAUGCCUCAAAUAGAACUUCGAUGGCCCUCUGUAGCACCCGAACACAGGAGGCCAAGUUUACCCCUUACUGAUAGUUCACAUAUUCGUCCAUUCACACCAGAUACAAGUUAUCUUGUGCAAGUUAGAAAAGCUGAAGAUAUUGGCUGGAAAACAAUAGCCACUUUACCAUAUGGACAGGAAAAAUUCAUUUAUUAUCCGAAGAUAGAGGAAAUAUCUUACAGGCCCCGAUCUAGUUUAGGUUCAAUUAAUAAACUUGAAGAGAAACCAUUAUUUGAAGGUUAUCAAUUUCGAGUGGCUCCAAGAAGUCAUUUUGGUAUUGGAAGAUUUCUCGAGUCAGAUGUAAUCAGCUGGAAUGCGUCACCUUCAAGACCUAGUGAUUUCAAAACGAUAACGUCACCUGGACCUGUGGCGAUGGAACUUAUGGCUCCACUUGUCCCACAAUCAGUAUUGCCUUCACCUGAGCGCUUCCAUUUGGUUGAUGUAUCUAUGGGAACACCUAGCGGAAGUAUUGAAGACAGAUUGGGAAGUGUAAUACUACGCUGGCAUCCUCCGUCUGGCAUGCCCUCAACUUUACGUUCUACCGCUGAUUUCGUUGUGGAAUCAUGGCAUCCAGACAAACACGAAUGGUGGCCCGUGGCUCGACGACCAGCAGCAGUUAGUGCAGAAUCUGUACCAGGAAGAUAUGAAAUAAGAGUGGAUAACCUGCCUCUUGGGAAAACUUAUCACUUCCGAGUUCUAACAGAAACCAGAGAUGCUCGCAGUGAACCAAUUACACUACCACAGCCUGUUUUUCUUCCCCAGAUGGAUAUUGAAAGAAAAGCAAUACCUGCUCCUCCAUCUCAUUUGAGAGUUUCAUCGUUAAGUGGUGCUUCCAAAGGUGCUUUAUUAACUUGGCUUCCGCCAACCACUGUAACCUUUGCCGACCGUCGCAGGGAUCUAGCAUUAUGGUGUCCUCCAUCUGGCUAUGUACUGGAAUACUGUACUUUACCAUCGAAAGAAAGUGAACCGACCAGCUGGAAACGUUUAGCAGAGCUAGAGGCGUGGGAGACUUCAUAUCAAACCAAUGAUUUAGAACCCGGUAGCAGAUAUUUAUUCCGUAUAAUGUCACGCGGACAGACUACAGAUUCACAUCCUAUAACACCAUCAAGAAUCGGAAGACUUAGUCGAAGCGCAAUCGAUUCAAGUGUUCUUAGCGAGGCAAUUCACUCGGAAAUAUUUGAAGUGCCAAGGCAAACAAUUACUAUACCAAGACUAACUGGUGAUUUAACUGUAAAACCAGUCUCUACUGAUUCGCCGCUCACAUCAUCUGUCUCCUUGAAUUGGCAUCCAGCAAGUGAAUCACUAACCGGCUACAUACUGGAUUUAUACGAUAUAAACGAACCAACUGGUUGGAGAACAAUCACCAGAAUGAAUGCAAAUGAAGUGAACUAUCCAUUCCGUGGAGUUACUGUAACCGGUUUAAUACCAGGACAUUCAUAUCGAUUCCGUGUUAUCCCCUAUAAAGAUGAUUUAUUCGGUCGACCCAUAGAAAGCCUUAAGGCUCAUACUGUGCCAAAAAUAUCAGAAUAUGAUGCCAUAGACUAUGACUCGUUAAUCAUUCCAUCACCUCGAGGUCCUCUGAAUAUUGACUCAGUCAGUGAUGGUUUCGUUCGCUUAAGCUGGCAACCAGUGCAAUUAAGAAGUACAUCAACAGAUGAUAAUAUGCAUCUACGUAAAUUAAGUGAUCACAUUGAGUAUGUUGUUGAACAACAAACUCCAACUAGACGAUUUUGGUUAGAAGUUGGUCGAACACGUUCAACAAAUUAUGUUUUACCGGUUAGCAGUAAUACAGUCAGAUUCCGUAUACGUGCAGUGUUAUCUGACAUUACAUCUACUAUUGAGAAACACACCAACUAUUCAUUAUCAUAUGAUGGUUUAAUAUCCGACUGGAUUCAUUCAGAUGAUGAAAAUAUUGAAUUCAGACAUAUUCCUCGUCUUGACGAAACUCCAAGAAGACGAUUGUCUACUGAUGUAGCAUUCGAUAUUGGUCGAAUAGUACCAGACAAACUACGUGUUCUUCAUAUUGGUCCGACUUCUGCUUUACUAGGAUGGGAUUCUUUGACAAUGGAUGAAGAAAAAAUGUAUCCAGGCUAUCUAAUUCUAGAACGAUGUACUAUAGAUGAGUACAAGCCUAGUAUUUGGGAGCCAAUCGCAAAAGUUCGUGCUUCUGAAACAUCUUAUGAAGUGCAUGGAUUAUCUUCUGGUACCACAUACAAUUUUCGUUUAGUUGGUUUUGAAGAAUCCACUAGAACACGCAGUAAAAAAUUCUGUCAAUUGACCAAACCACUUACAACACUUGGACGACGUGACUCACUCGAUGAAGUUGUAAAAACACGAUGGAUCGAUAAGCCUAGACAAUUCAGUGCUAGUGGAAAAAUUGACGGAAAUCAAGAAGGCAUUAUGUUAACAUGGAAAGCUCCAGAAAUGCCUAAUCGACUAGACGAGAAACUGCUUUAUAGAAUAGAAGUAAGAAGUUGUAAUUUCUCUGGGGAACCAAUCACUCCAUGGACAAAAGUUGUCUCAGAAUUAAAAUCCACUCAGUAUUUUGUUAAUCAUACAAAGUUGGAUAAUAUCUUCUCUAAACUUGACCAGUUACCAGGUUACAAAGGUAUUGGAAUACAAUCUACUACUAGAAGAAGGUAUACAAGAUCAAUUGAUUUAGAUCAACAACAAUGGCAGUUUCGUGUAUUCUCUGAACUCGAUGAUAGACAGAGUUUGCCAGCGGUUACACUAACUCCGAUAACAUUAAUUCCCCCAACUAAACGAAGUUCACUACGUUUCUUAAAUUUGAAAGACGAUCGCAUUAUUUACGCUGUACAUGGACAAAAACUGGUUCUAUCUGUGGAAAUUGAAGGGGAACCGAAGCCUGAAGUUACUUGGUAUUUGAAUCACAUACAAAUAGACGACAGAAUUUUGCCUGGUUGUCGUGUUGCUCAAGUCGGAGUUGGUGUAUAUGAAUUAACCAUUGAACGAGUCCAGCAAGGUCAUGCUGGUUUCUUAGAGUGUCGUGCUUGGAAUAUAUACGAAUCCAUUUCUGAAACUUGGGAAUUGAUUGUAUCAGCUGUGCCGCGAUUCAGCCGUCUUGGUUGGGCUGCACAACCUCGUGAAUAUGAGUUAAGACAUGGAGAUAGCUGGUAUUUACGCAUUCCAUUAGAAGGCUUAGAUUACAUACAAGAUCACGAGUGGAUAACAAAAGUUUGGUUUGAACGUUUAAGUCACCUUACACCUGGUCUGUCAGUUGAACCGUUAGAAAAUCGUGUUCGAUUGAAUCUCUCAUGUGGUUGUCGUUGGAUUGAAGUUAUUGUUGAUAAAUUGAAUCUAGCUGAUACCGGACUCUAUCGUUUAUGGAUACAGAAUCAAGCUGGACGAGAUUAUAUUGAUAUACGUUUACGUAUCGCUGAUAAACCGCAUAUUCAAUUACAAAAACCUCGAGUAAAACCACAUGGUCCAGGGACAUUGAUCAUCGAAUGGGAUCCACCACUGAUAAAUGACCGCUUAGAAUCCCUAAUUAAAUUCACUGGCUACCGUGUAGAAUACUGUCGUGAUGAGCCUGGAGAAGAUUGGUGUCUGCUGGGUACUACGUCUGCUGAUCAAACCAGUUUUGUUGCACGUAGCCAACUACAAAAGGAUGUGAAUUAUCGUUUCAGAGUACGACUAGAGAACUGGCAUGGAUUGGGACCAGCUAGUGAGCCUUCAGAUGUUGCACAGCUGCCAGUACAUCGUUUCACAGAAGUUUUGAAUCUCAGCGAUAUGGAGUUCCGUCAUUAUACAGAUGGAUCAUUUGAUUCACGUUAUGAUAUCAUGGAAGAAUUGGCUCGUUCUAAAUAUUCUGGCCUAUACCGACUUGCAGAACGUUCAACUGGUCAAACAUGGUUGGCUACUAUUAUAGAUACAACUCCAUCUGCUUUAUACAAACGUCCAGCUAGUGCUUUAGGUAAACGCGAUAUCAGCUAUCCUGAAUUACCUCCAAGACCAGUUAGCGUAUUGGAUAAUGAGCGUAAUGUUCGCAGACGUGCUUCAUAUGAUAUUUCAAGAUAUACCAGUAGACAUGAUAUUACUGACUGGGAACAAGAAAAGGCUGAACGUGAAUUGAAACUGUUUUCGCGUAUCCAACAAGAAAGUUUUGCACAUCUACAUGAGGCUUAUACAGAAGCCAAAAGAACUAUUUGUGUUAUGGAAGAUGUUACAGCCGGUGAUACAUUGUGGCAUCAAUUGGAUCGACGUAUUACAGUGACUGAGCAUAAAGCAGCAGAUAUAUUACGUCAGCUAUUGGAUUUAACAUCUCAGAUACACAAAAGUGGUCGUGUACAUCUUGGUUUACAACCAGAAAAUAUAUUCUUUACUGACCAAUCGAAGCAACGUAUUGCAUUGGCUGAUUUAGGACCAAUACAGACACCAGUGGGUGAUAAACCUGUUCGUUUAUCAUUCCGUUCUAUGGUGUACAUCCCACCAGAAUUGACUAGUUCUAUGCCGAUUAGUAAAUCAGCACGAAUCGGACAAUCUGCUGAUAUGUGGUCGUUGGGUCUGUUACUCUAUCAAAUGACUACUGGUGAUACAGAAGGAUUACCAGAGCCAGAGAAACUUGAAAGAAUGCACUAUUCUUCAAAAAUGGUCGAUUUUACCAAACGUCUACUGCAUACUGAUCCUAAAAAGCGAAUGACAGUUCAACAAGCAUUACAACAUCCAUGGAUAACAAGCAUGACAAGUAAUAGAUAUGAUACAGUUGAAGAUAGUGAUAAAAUUAAGCCUUUAUCACUGCCAAGACCACCAUCAUCAAAUCUAUCACGAAAUCUUGAAUCACAAUUACACGAUGAAGUUAUUGAAGAUGAUAUAGCUGAAAGAAUCAACAAACGUGCUUACACAAGACUUCUACGCUGGCUAGACGCAAGUUAUAUACACGACAGUAUUGAUAGUGAAACAAUUGAAACCUCAGCUAUUCGUAAAACAUCAAGAGGAUCUAUUCUGGAAUCACGUCAACGUUAUUACAAUGAUUAUCCAACUUCAUCAUCAAAAGAAUCUGAAGAGAUUGUUGUACACGCUAGAAUAACACCACGUGGACAAGCACCUGAAAUAUUGACACCUAUGGGUUCAGUUACUGCAGCAGAAGGCAGUACAACAAUGUUACGUUGUGCAGUUUACCUACCGAAGACAAGAAAAUCAUCACAUCCAACUGAUCAAAUGAGUGAUUUACAGAUACGUUGGUCAUUAAAUGGUCGAGAAUUAAAUGUUGGUCAUCCAUUACCAUCACUGAAAAGUCCACCUACACAGCAUUAUACAUGCACUUACGAUACAGAGACUGGUGACAUUAAACUGCAUAUCAAUAAUGUUACAGUAUAUGAUGCUGGUACAUAUGAAGUAACUAUUAUCGGUAGAUAUGGUCAAGUAUCGGAUUCAGCAAACGUCAAGGUUUAUGAAUCGACUCCACGUUCCAGUAUUAAAUCAGAUGUAUAUGUAACAAGUGAAUUGGGUGCACGUAUUUUAUUACCACUAGUCGAUAUGACAAGUACACAUGGCAGUAAAAUACAAAUGAAGGCUAAGGUCUGCGGAAUCCCACUUCCUCGAUGUACAUGGUUCCACAAUGGUAUACCGAUUACCGGUUCAUCACGUCGACGAUUCUACCAGGAAGAAUUAAAUGGUCCAUCAGCUUCUGAGUUAAUGCUAAAACUUGAAAUAUCUGAAAUUACUACGGCAGAUGCUGGACUCUACUCUUUAGUAGCUACAAAUAAGUAUGGAUCACAGACAUGUUCCGCAGUCGUCGAAGUAUUCGCUUCUCUUGAUGAAGGCUUUGAAGCACCACACUUCUUGAAAGAGUUGACAAGUAUUACAGUUGUUGAAGGAAGUGCUGCACGUUUUGAAACAUGUGCUCGUGGUCAACCGGCACCAACAAUCCGCUGGUUAAAAGAUGGAAAACCGUUAUUAACAGAUGGUGUACGCAUAAGUGUUUCACAAACAUCUAUUGAAAGAUCAGGUACUAAUACAUCUAGUCAUACACUUUUAAUACGUGAUGCUAUAACACGAGAUAGUGGAACGUAUACAUGUAUUGCAGCAAGUUCAGCUGGUACAGCUAUCACAGAAGCUGCAUUGCACGUAAGAGGAUUAUUUGGUCGUGGAGGUCAUAUGGGUUCAGACAUGCUUAACGGUGGAAUUCGACAUCGCCACCCUGAGUUUACACGCCGUCUCCGCAAUCAACAGGUUAAUUUGGGCAGCACUAUACGCUUAGCAGCAUCAGUAUUGGCUCAACCAUCUGCAACAAUAGUUUGGGAGAAAGAUGGUGCUGAAAUCCCCACAGAACCGUCUAAUGACCCAAGAAUUACUGCUAAGAACCAUAGCGGUCAUCUGGAACUACGUAUUGAAGAUGUUAAUAAGGACGAUUUGGGUCGAUAUACAGUUAUUGCAUAUAAUGCUGCAGGUGAAGCUCGUUGUUCGUGUAUUCUGCAAGCGACCGCUAUAAUGGAGAUUCAAGUGCCACGAUUUACUAGAGAACUUAGAGAUUAUACUGCUUUAGAAGGCACAACACUGUGCUUAGAAGCGACAGCAGUCGGUGAACCGAUACCUGAAUUCAAGUGGGAGAAAGAUGGCUUCGAAAUACUACCUGAUGAAUCUGGUCCACCGCAUAUUAUACCUGGUACAAAUGGCAGUGGUUUAGCUUAUCUACGUAUUCAUAAUGUACGCAGUUCAGAUGCAGGUUUAUAUCGAUGUACUGCUUACAAUAGAUUCGGUCGUGAAAGAACAACAUGUUUUGUAUAUGUUGACCCAAUAGGUCAGAAAGGUGAAAGACGACCAGGAAUGAUGAAUGGAUCAUUUACUACAGCCUAUCAUCAGUCUACAGAUUCUUCACUGUCAUUACUGUCUUCACAUUUAUCUGAAAGUGGUGCAAAAGCAUCACCACAUGACCAUGCAGAUUCACCUAAGCUAACUGGAUACAUAAAUGUGUUACGCUCACUGCCGAAGGCUAUUGAAGUUGAAGAAGGUGAUCCCAUAGAACUGACAUGUCAGAUAAAUACAAAUCUACAUUACAUUCCCACAUGGAGUAAAUCAGGUCGAACGUUAACUUAUGAUGGUCGUAGAAGAAUAACACGUAGUAAAGAUGGUGAACUUACACUGGCUAUUGAUCACGCUAUGUCAAAUGAUGAAGGACGUUAUACACUGACACUGGAAGCAUCCGAUGCGAAUGCACCGAAAGAUUUAGAGCCUAUUGUGCUUGCUACUCGUGUUGAAGUUAGAUCGAAACAGAAAUCACGUUAUGAUACAAGUUCUCGUGGAUCAUCUCGUGCUAAUUCUCGAGCACCAAGCAUUACAGCUAGUCGAAACUCUAGAGAGCCGUAA